UUUGACGCGAAGCAUUCCCCCAGGAAUAAAAGCAGAAAGCUUAAAAAUUUACAUUUGUAAAAAAAAAAUCACAAAAUUUUCGUAAAUCUCUAUAAGUCGCACGGUUAUCUUUUUAUUAUAAUUAUAUUUUUUUGUGGGUUUCUUUCUAUACCUUUGGGCAUCAAACCCGUUCUUUUCUAGCACUUUUCCCCAUCAGGCGGAGAGGUGUCAGCACUGUCAUCACGGAGCUACAAAAGCAAGUCGUUAAGUUAAUUAUCUUCCGGGGUCACCAGCGAUCUCCUCCCUGGCAGGUAGCGUGAAAGGAUCGUUGAUCGGUAGUAUGAAGGGGCCUACGAAUCAGCUUAAUAUUAAAGACAAGUCUACACCACCUAUUAGCAUGUUAUCGGUUGAAGAAGUCUUGAAAUCUCAAAUAUUGUCAAACAAUUAUGAGACUGAAAAUAAUGAUGCUUUUUUUGUCGCAGACCUUGGCGAAAUUUAUCGUCAACAUCUUCGCUGGAAAACUUAUUUACCACGAGUUGAGCCGUUUUAUGCAGUCAAAUGCAACGGAGAUCCUAUGUUGCUCAGACUGUUAGCUGCCCUAGGAACAGGAUUUGAUUGUGCUAGCAAAAAUGAGAUUCAAACUGUUCUUGACAUGGGUGUCAGUCCGUCUAACAUUAUCUAUGCUAAUCCAUGUAAACAGGCGUCGUUUAUACGAUUCGCUUCUGAACAUGAUGUCAAAAUGAUAACUUUUGAUAAUGCAGAUGAACUACAUAAGAUCAAACGUUUAUUCCCUAAGGCUCAACUGGUCAUUCGCAUUCUUGCUGAUGAUUCUAAAGCUCUGAUAAAGUUGGGAGCUAAAUUUGGUGCUUCUUUAAAUGAUACGGGCUUUCUUCUAAAGACUGCUCUCGAGCUAGGUUUAAACGUUAUCGGAGUUAGCUUUCAUGUUGGUAGUGGUUGUUAUGACGAAAACUCUUAUAUUGAUGCUAUUCGUAGGGCUAGAUUUGUAUUCAAUCAAGCAUCAGAAAUGGGAUUCGAUUUUCAUUUACUUGAUGUUGGAGGGGGAUUUUCUUUCUCGCACAAAAGUGAUGAAGGAAUCACUUUUGAAAAAAUAGCGGCUGUACUUGGACCUGCUAUUGAUAAGCACUUUCCUCCCAAUAUUCGCGUUAUUGCUGAACCUGGACGUUAUUAUGCGGCUCCAGCAUUCACUAUUGCUACUCAUGUUAUUGCUAAAAGAACAGUUUGUCGAGAUGGUAAUGAAGAGUAUGUGCCAAGUAUGAAUGUUGACCAAAGUAAUGUGUUAGCAACUAAGGAUGAUCAUCCGACAUUUAUGUAUUAUAUUAAUGAUGGCUUAUACGGCUCUUUCAAUUGCAUCCUCUAUGAUCAUCAACUUGUUACUCCUAAAGUUCUAACGAAAGGAGGAAGCUUUUUGUUUGGCGAAAUCUUGGACGAGCCCGAAUAUAACUGCUUUAUUUGGGGUCCAACUUGCGACUCCAUUGAUUGCGUUACCAAAAAUGGAAGCCUUCCUGAAUUGUUUCUUGGUGACUGGUUGUAUUUCGAAGAUAUGGGAGCUUAUACCAUUGCAGCUGCUACUAAGUUCAAUGGAUUUAAGCAAACCCAAGUCAUUUAUACUACCACUGAUCCUCAUGUUUUUGAUUAUCUCUAUGAUGUUACAUGAUAAUAAUUUAUAGAUAAUUAUAAAUAUUACAAAAUGGAUUUAUCAAAAUAUUUAUUUUAUUAAGCAAGCAAUUAAUAUUUUUGCUUUUACAAAAAAAAAAUAUAGAGUAUAAUUUUUAAAUA